GUCAACUACCAACCCUUGAAGUACACCCGCCUCUUGGCGGCCAAGGUGGGGUGCGAGCGCCCCGACACCGGCGCCGCCGUCGAGUGCCUCCGACGCCAACCCUACCGAGCUCUGGUGGACCAAGACGUCCAACCCGCCCGUUACCACGUGGCCUUCGGGCCGGUGGUGGACGGCGACGUGGUCCCCGACGACCCCGAGAUCUUGAUGCAACAAGGGGAGUUCCUCAACUACGACAUCCUCAUCGGGGUCAACCAAGGAGAAGGGUUGAAGUUCGUGGAGGACUCGUUGGAGAACGAAGACGGGAUCUCGGCCUCCUACUUUGACUUCACGGUCUCCAACUUCGUGGACAACCUCUACGGUUACCCAGAAGGCAAAGACAUCCUGCGGGAGACCAUCAAGUUCAUGUACACCGAUUGGGCCGACCGGGACAACGGGGAGAUGAGGAGGAAGACUUUGUUGGCCCUCUUCACCGACCACCAAUGGGUGGCCCCGGCGGUGGCCACCGCCAAGCUCCACGCCGAGUACCAGUCGCCCGGGCCCCCGUUCUCCUUCUACCCCUCCUACCCCCACGGCCAGACGGACGCCCGGCCCGAGUGGGCGGACGCGGCCCAUGGGGAUGAGAUCCCCUACGUCUUCGGGGUGCCCAUGGUGGGGGCCACCGACCUCUUCCCCUGCAACUUCUCCAAGAACGACGUCAUGCUCAGCGCCGUGGUCAUGACCUACUGGACCAACUUCGCCAAGACGGGGUGGGUUUGA